AUGUCUCUUCAAUCAUCAACUAAGUACUCAACGAUCCACGAAGACGACCCAGACCUGUCACCUAUAGAAAACACACAUUCGCCACCUACUGAGAAGAGAAGAUCGAGGGCAUUCUACGUGACGACUGGAUUUCUAGCACUAGCCAUCUGGGCUAUCUCAUUGUAUGGAGCUACCAAGGCAUCCAAUGCCUUGCUCCAACACAAUCUACACAUUGAACAUACGGAAUUCUGUGACUUGAGACUCAGGUCUCAAGCCAAGUCGCUCACAGAUGCCUUCAAGCAGGUGGAAGUGAAUACACUGCACGAGGCGAAUCGUUACCAGCCUUCCUACACGCCACUGACAUGCGGGUCAUCGAGCUCCGAGGCUGAAUCCCUCGGUUGUGUUUUUGAUCCCCUCAUGGCAUCAUGGCUACACAAAGACUGCCCUAAGGAUGGUUCCGCGGAAUUCGCCGAACUUGUGCGGACGGAAAAUCUUACGUAUUGGUACGAUGAAGGCGGAAAACCGACCGACAAGCUCAUCGACCCAGAGCAUUUCAAACAUUUAGAUGGAGUCAUGUACUGGGGAACCAAGUUCGAGCAUCUGACGCAUUGCGCGUUUACGCUGAAGCGUAUCAUCCAUGCCCAGCAUAGGGGUGAUAGGCUGGAUGUGGUUGCUGGUAACUUCAGCCAUACGAACCAUUGUGUCAACUUCUUGAUAGAAGGUCUCAAAAGCCACCCGUCCGAACUUCAGGAACUGUACAGAACAGACCUUCCAGUUCAAUUUCUGCAGUGCUGA